GUUUUGGUGCGUUUGUUUGUGUGUCUGGGUGGUGCCUAGACUCUGUGUAUGUGGCGGGUGGCGGGUGCGGUGGCGAUAUCCGGGUAUGUUAUUGAUUUUGGGCAGUGGCUGGAGUGGAAUAGACGAGCCGGAAAGUGACAAGGGUCACGUGGGCAGAACGACGCGUCGGGGGUUUGGGGCCGAUCGGCGGCGGCGGCCGGGGAACGAGGAGGCUCCUCAUUUUUUGUAAAUUUUAUCUACAUGUCCCUGCCACUCGGAGAUCCAGCCAGGGCAGUUGCCCCUGUUGCGAGGCGUCAGGGCGGAGCCUUGUUAAGUGGCUCAUGGCAGAAAAGGGGUUGGCAGUGUUGGUAUCAACACACAGAGACACGAAGGGUCAGCAGCAGAAGCCAAUGCACCAUGUUAGAAUCGUUGGUAGCUAAUAUCCUCAACCGGACGUUGGGGGCCUAUGUGGAGAACUUCGACCCGAACCAGCUCAACAUCGGGAUCUGGUCGGGGGACGUGACGUUGUCGAACCUCAAGCUGAAGCGGGAGUCGCUGGACAAGCUGGAUCUUCCGCUGGACCUUCGGUGCGGGCAUUUGGGGACGCUGACGAUGCAGAUCCCGUGGUCGAACUUGAAGUCGAAGCCGGUGAAGAUCUUGAUCCAAGACUGCUACUUGCUCGUGUCCGCGGUGCAGCAGACCAAGUUCGACAAGGGCAGCGAGCAGAGCCGGGAGCUGCGGGUAAAGCGGCAGAAGUUGGACGAGCUGGAGCUGCUUUCGCAGCAGCAGGCGGAGUUUAGCCAGCUCGACGAGAAGGACAAGCUCAAGAACCAGAGCUUCACGGACUCGCUCAUCUCGAAGAUCAUCGACAACCUCCAGAUCACCAUCAAGAACAUCCACAUCCGGUACGAGGACCUCAAUUGCUUCACCAAGGUUCCCUACGCCCUGGGCUUCACCUUGGACGAGUUGUCGGCCGUGUCCACCGACGAAAACUGGGUCAAGAACUUCAUCGAGAACGUCAGCAGCGCCUCGAGAAAGUUGCUGCUCUUGAAGUCCCUCACCGUCUACCUCGACACCUCUAUCUCCAGCACCGCCUCCGCCGCCGUCUUCUCGGACCUCGACCGGGACGCGAUGAUCGACCGCUUGAAAGCUUACAUCGACCAGGCCUCCGCAAACGCGUCGGGCAACAUCGAGUAUCUUUUACAACCCGUCUCCGGUACCGGACACUUGACCUUGAACAAGUUGGGUCCCACAGACGAGUCUCCGCACUACAACGUCGAGUUGUUUUUCGAACAGUUCCGGUUGAACUUGAACCGUCUCCAGUACUGUGACAUAUUGGACUCUACCACGGAGAUGAACUACUACCAGAAAACCCUCAAGUUCAGAAUCAACGCUCCUCACUGCGCCGUCUCCGAAGAUCCCUACAAGUGGUUGCAGUACUCCUUCCAGGCCAUCUACAACGAGAUACACGAGAGAAAUUACCGCAAGACUUGGGGCUACCUCAAGAAAAGAAGAGACCAGAGAAAACAGUAUAUUGCUUUGUGGAAGAAAUACUUGCUUGAUAAGAAUUCCCUAACCCUGGACGAGAAAAAGGCUCUCACCCAAUUGGAAUCAGAAUGUGAGUUCGGCGACUUGAAGUUCUACAGAUCCCUUGCCAAAAUGCAGUUCAAGAAGGAGCACCAUGCUUUGCCAGCAAAGGCUGCUGCAGCCAAGGACGCAAAUAAUAACAAAGGUUGGCUCUCCUCGUGGUGGGGGUCGUCAACUACCGCCAAAGACAAUGAAGAUAAGCCCACGGUGUUACCUGCAGAAGGUGCCGACUUGGAAAUUACUGACGAACAGAUCAAUGAGUUCUAUGAUGCCAUCGAGUUCGAUGAAUCGAAAGUGUUAUCCGAGAGUUUUGAUGUCCCUAGAGAGAGGAUCAAGGUGGCAGUUAACUGUAAGUUGAACACAGGUUCGUUCAUUAUAAGACAAAACCAUUCCUCAAACAACUUGGCGGAGUUCAUAUCUGAAGGAUGCCAUGUUGAAUUUCUCCAGAGAAAAGACUCGUACUACAUUGGCUUCAGGUUGAACAAAUUCUCGGUCGAAGAUGGGGCAACCGACACGCUAUAUAAACACAUUGUGAGUGUUAAACAAUUGACUUCACCUCCGUCUACCUCGCCUUCACCUUCACCUUCGUCCUCCAACUUGAACCAAUUAUCUUUGUCCGAUGCUGUGUUAUCGGACAAUCCAUUCUUUCAAGUCUCGUUCGAACAUAACCCCUUGGAUGAAUCUGCGGAUUCGAAACUGGUUGCCAAGUUGAGUAGUAUGACCAUUUUCCACAACACAAGGUUCUUAGAAUCGCUCCACAAAUUUUUCAAACCACCAAAGGCUCAUCUCGAUACUAUCGGAACCUUGAUGAAUGCGGCAGAAUCAACCAUCCAGGAUUUCACCAAGCAAACCAAAAUCGGUCUUCAGUAUGCCUUUGAAGAGCACAAGACCAUGAACGUUAAAAUGGAUCUUCAAGCACCGUUGAUAAUCCUACCUAUAAAUCCAACCAAAUGGGAUUCUCCGGUUGGUAUAUUAGAUGCCGGUCAUAUCAGUAUCGUGAGUGAUAUCAUCAGUGCUGACAAAUAUCAGGAAAUUAAAAAUGAGAGGAAGGACACUUACACAGAAAAUGACUGGAAAAAAUUGAAUACUUACAUGUACGAUAAAUACAACCUUGCCUUACAAGAUGCUCAAAUAUUGAUAGGUCCUGAUAUAAAAUCAACGAUUGAACAGUUGCAUACCGAUGGUCCGAAGGAUGCUCUAAUUUUGGACCAGCUUAAUAUGAAUUUUGUCAUCGAAGUAUCAAUUAUUCCAACGUUUUAUGAUUUGCCUCGUAUGAAGAUUGGUGGUGAUGUCCCUAGAUUCGUGGCAAUGUUAAGUGAUUAUCAGUAUAAGAUUUUCAUGGAUUUAUUAUCCUCGUCGGUACCUGUUUUUACUGCCAACGAUGAUGAAACUGACAACAGUAGUAUCACCAAUCAAAACGACUCAGAUGUCCAAACCUUUUUGACUGACUCAAAUGCCGCUCCAAACAUGGACAGCCUAGAAGAUAGUUCUUUUUCAGAAACUAAAUCAUCUGAUAAAGAUGAUCAGAUGGCAAACUCCACUACAAGUGUAUCAUCACCAGCUAUGAACCAGCAUGCUAUUGAGUUCAACUUUACAAUGGAUUUGAUAAUACUAUCAAUGAAAAGAUGCUCCAAUACAACAACUUUUGAAGCAGAAAAACUUGUGGACCUAGUUGGUGACAAAUUGAAACUUAAUUUCUACAAAACCGAAAACGUAAUGCAUGUGGAUUUGUUACUGGCAGAUUUAUCGGUGAAUGAUUAUAUGGAAAACUCAAAUGUUGAUGAAUUCAAAAAAUUGGUAGGAUCGAAAGCAAACCUAGAGACUUCCACUGCAUCAUCGCUGGAUAAUUUGUUUGUUGUCAGUUACACCAAGUCGUUAAGACUGGCCAAUUUCAAAGGUGAGAUAAUCGAAUGCUACGAUCAAAACGUCAAGUUAGACAUUUCUGACUUUCAAGUUGUCAUCACAAGAAAAUCGUUAUUGACUUUGUUAAACUACUCUUUGAACACAUUCACCGAUCCGAUGGCUCCUGAGAUUCCAUCUGACAAAUUGCGUCACAACGAUAUAGAAAAUGUCAAUGCACCAGCCCAUAUAAAUGUUGAUAUCAAUAUGAAAAGUAUCAAUAUGAUACUUAAUGAUGACGGUAUCAAAUUGGCCACUCUAGUAUUGGAACGCGCAGAUGUGAGUGUCUUCUUGUUACCUGAUAGCAUGCGUGUAUCUGCAACUCUCGGUGGUCUAAAUUUGAUCGAUAAUGAUACCCAUCGUGGAAGGGAAUUGAUAAGUAUCCAAGGUGACGAUUUGGCAGAUUUGUCUUAUGAAACAUACGAUCCUGAGACUAAUACCUUACCUUAUAGUUCUCAAUUCAAAUUUGAAACUAGAUCAAUGGUUGUCAUGUUUGCUGAAGACUCAUUUGCUAGGAUCUACGGUUUCAUCUGUCAAUUCCAACGUAUGAAAUACAUCUAUGAUAGUGCAAGAGACGCUGCCCUUGACCAAGCUAAUAACGUUGAAUAUCCAAACAAAAUGAAAUUUGAUGUGUUGAUUCGUGCUCCUAUCUUUGUUUUCCCAAAAAUUGUGGAUCCUGUGAAUGAAUUAUUUGACACCAUCACCACAAACCUUGGUGAAAUUCACACAUUCAAUGAGUUCAAAAGGAAGGAUGAUACAUAUUUAAACAUUAUCCAGGCCGGUUUGACCAACACUAAGAUAUCUUCAAGUUUUGUGGUUAAUGGUGACAACUUUCAAGAGUUGGAGAUUAUUGAUAAAUUGGACAUCAUUUUCAACAUUGAUUAUUAUGAUGGGGAUAAACUGCCGCGUCCGUCAAUGAUUGUUGAUGGUAACCUUUCCGGAAAUGACAUUAAGUUAUCUGAAUGGCAAACCUUUAGUAUUAUCCAAAUUUUACAAAGCUUCCCAAGAAUUUUCAAAGAUAAUGCGGUGAAUGAUGGCAACAUUGAAGAUAUUGAAAACGAUGCUACCAAUGCAAAUAUGUUAAUUAAAAGAAGUAAGUCUCCAGAAAAAGAACCAUCAGAGUUAAGCAAAAAGUCGGUUGAUAUUGAGCAUGCUAGUGUAAGCAGUGAAAGUUCCACUACAAGUGCAGUUUCCAAAAAGCCUAAUUCUGUGAGUGUAGAUUUUGCCUUCAAUAUUCCUUUACUUUCAUUGACACUUUACAAUAACACACGACAAUCUAUUGAUGUUUCAGAUAAAAAACUUUCCAAGUUUUCCCUUAAUGAUAUGGCAGCGAAGUUUCAAUUAUUUGAUAAUGGUGACUUUAAAUCAGAUCUGCAUAUCAAAUCUUUUGUUGUCAAAGAUGUGAGGGCAACUACCAAAAAUGUUUUUACCGAUAUUAUUCCUGAGGUUGAUCAUACUGAAUAUCAAUUUAUGGGGUUGGUCAAUUCUGUCAAUGGGAUUACCACCAUAGAUGUCGCAAUUGACAGCCCUAAGGUGCUCUUGGUGAUGGAUUACCUUUUUGCAUUGAAAUCAUUUGGUGAUUUUGCAACGCAUAAACCUAAGACCGUUGUGGAUCAAUAUCUCCAAGACUAUAAUAAUUCAGAUGAAAACGCUGAAAAUGGCAAAAAGAUUGAUGAAAUUCUAGAUCCACAAGACUCCUUAGAUGACGAUGUUGUAGCCGGCAACCAGAUUAACUACAAGGUCAACAUUGUUGAUCCUUCUAUCAUUUUAUUAGCUAAUCCAGAAAACGAUGAUACUGAAGCUGUCAUCUUCAAAAUCAGUCAGUUGGGACUGACAAUUGGUGAACUUACGCAGAUGAAUGCUUCUGGAAUUGGAAUGUUUUUGAGAAGAAUGUCAUCUGAUGACACCAGUAAGUUGAGGAUUUUGGAUGACUUUUCAUUCGAUUUCAUGCUGGACACUCGUGGUUCUAACAAAACUUCAUUUUUAACCACCAUUGAUUCUAAUAUUGAUCCUUUAUUAUUGAGAUUAUCAUUGAGAGACAUUUAUUUAGCUAUUGAAAUUUUCAACAAGGCUUCCUCAAUGUUCAAUGAAGGUAGUAAGGGUGAAAUAGAAUCCCAACAACAUCAUGUUCGCCAUCAAGGAACUUCUUUCACUGAUGAGAUCAGUAAAAAGAUAUCCAAGUAUGCCCCAUCUGUUAUUUCGUCUUUAUCGAAAGCUUCCCAACAAGGUAGAGGACAGAAAUCAAAUGAGCCUUUGGUUAUAGUCAAAGGUGAGCGUUUGAAAAUUAACAUUCAAGGUUUCAGAUUAGUGUUGAUUGGAGAUGUUCAUGAAUUGCCAAUUUUGGACUUUGAUAUCAAAGCAUUUGAAAUUAAUGCCAAGAAUUGGUCAACUGAGUUGGAAGCUGAUACUCAGGUGAGUUCCUUAAUAAAUACUUUCAAUUAUUCUCUUUCACAAUGGGAACCACUGCUUGAAGCAUGGUCAUUUGCAGUUCAUAUUGAAAGGUCUGCCCAACAAAAGAUUUCUGUCAACUUUGUUUCGAGAGAGACUGCAGAGCUGACAGUAACCUCAAGGUCCAUCGCUACACUCUCUCAUUUUGCAAACUUACUUUCCGAAAAAGGUGAAUUGAAACCACGUGGAGAAGAUUCACCUUAUAGAAUCAUUAACCAAACGGGUUAUGAUUUAAACAUUUGGAUAGAUGAUGAUUCGGACUCUGAAAGACAAAAAACGUUAUUGAAAGAUCAAGAAACUCUUCCAUGGUCAUUUGAAGACUGGAGACAAGUUCGUGAAAGUUUAUCCAUCAACCCUAACAUUAACUAUAUUGGUGUUGAAUUUAUUGACUCAAUAUACGACCCUAUCCGAAAACUCUCUUUAAAAGCAGAAGGUGAAGAAGUGUUGAUGCUUACGCCAAUAUUGAAAGAUCAGUACCACAAUAGACUUGCUUGUGAAAUUGUAUUAGCUGAGGAUAAAGUGAAAGAAGUCAUUCUCAAGUCCACUGUUUCAAUCAAAAAUUUUACUGCUACUCCAAUCUAUGUGGGAGUCGGAAAUUAUGAUGGAGAAUUCGUUGUUGAUAGAGAAAUCAUGGUUCCAACUGGCGCUAACCUUGCCCUUCCGAUAGAUUAUGUUUACAACGGGAAACUUGCGGUAAGACCUGCUACAACAUCAGAGAUAUUUGGCUGGUCCACUGCCAAACUACAAGGUAAUGAUUCUUCUAUUACCAUGUCCUGGGAAAGCAUUAGAGAUCAUGAUUUGCUUUUAGAAUGCCCUCGUAUUGAGCAGAAUGGACCGGCAGACUAUUACUACUUCAAAGCACAUGCUGAGUAUAAUGAAAAAGAAUCACUUAAUCAGCUAUACCCCCACAUGAAUAUUUUUAUCUCUCCACCAUUGGUCAUUGAAAAUUUGUUACCGUUUGAUAUAGAAUGGAGACUCUUUCAAAAAGGUCCAAGAAAAUGGAAUGAUAAAUUAAACCAAGGCGAAAAAUGUCCUAUCCACAUUGUUGACAUGAACUUUAGUGCAGUCAUUAAGAUUCAGGUAUUAGGAUCUACAUAUGCUGUUUCUGCAGCUUCGAUUGUCAAUACUCCUAAUAAUAUGACCACUGUCGACAAGGAAAUCAACUUAAAAAAUGAUGAUGGUCAUCGGUUGAGUCUCAAAUUAUACUAUUCUACUGAUCCCAAAUACGGUACCAAGGUUUCUAUUUAUUCACCAUACUUGCUUGUGAACAGAACAGGGAAAGACUUGUUUGUCAUGGAUAGCUUCAAUACGUUAUGUUCAAAGAGUAGACAAGGAGUUUUAACUGGUGAUGAGAAAGAGUUUCCUGACAUGUUUUCGUUCAGUAUUGAAAAUGAUGCUUUUGGAUUUUUCCGAGGAAAUUUAGAAAGAAAUACCGUUCAACUACGUGUCGGUGAUUCCUAUCCUAGUGAAAAAUUCAGUAUCGAUAAAAUAGGACAAUCGUUCGAAGUUAGAGUUGGAUUGAAAACAAGAAAUUUUGAAAACGAUGUUGGUAUUUACAUAACUGAGGGACAGGGUGUGUAUAACUUGACCAAAGUUAUCAUCAUUACGCCCAGAUACAUUAUCAGAAAUGAUUUGGGUAUACCAAUUGUUGUUAGCCUUGUUGGCAGUUCAAAAACAGUGAAUGUAGGGUCUAAUGCUGCCUCUCCAAUAUAUGAUAUGCCAACAUAUGGUGACAAGCAAAUGAUGAUUGGUUUUAAAGAGGGGCGUGGAAACAUGUCUGCUGCAUUUGUUAUCAAUAAUGUUGGCGAGAUAUAUAUUCGUGUGAAAAAGUUGGAUUCGAACGCUCACAUGUUGUUGAGAGUGGUUAUAAGUACUGAACACGCUUCGAUUUUUAUCAACAUUCUAGAUGCAAAAAACUUGUGGCCAUAUUCAAUCCGAAAUUUUAGUGAUAACGAAUUUUUCAUUUAUCAGGCAGAUCCAUAUAUUGACAAAGAUGGCAAUAAAUUGUCAGAUGCAGAAUUCACACCGGUGUUUUACAAAAUUCCACCAAAGAGUGUCAUGCCAUAUGCAUGGGACUUCCCUGCUGCUGAAGUUAAGGAAUUAGUUGUUAGAUGUUCAGGUAGAGAAAGAUAUAUUCAGCUUGCCGAAAUUGGAUCACUAAUGCCAAUGCGUGUGAAGAAAGAAGGCGGUGCCUUUCAAAUAUUUGAUUUGAAUGUCAUAGCUGAUGGACCUAUUCAAGCUUUGAUGAUUUCGGAGUAUGAUCCAAGGACAAGUAUGUAUCAAUUGAAACAAAAUAAGUCCACUUCGACAACAGCAACCACUGCAAUGAAAGAUGAGUUCGAGACAAACAUUAAGGAUGAAAAGUACUAUACCAACAUUGUAUUCAACUUUGAAGGUAUUGGUGUCUCCUUGGUGAAUACGAAAAACACUUAUCAAGAAUUGUGUUACACUACCAUUAGAGGUAUUGAGUUCCAUUACAAUGAAUCGGAUAUUUACCAGACUGCCAGCUUGAAAAUGAAAUGGGUACAAAUUGACAAUCAAUUAUACUCAUGCAUCUAUCCUGUUAUCUUAUUCCCUACUAUUGUUCCAAAGUCUAGCUAUGAGCUAAAUAGCCACCCGGUUUUCUCUACCUCUAUUGCCAGACUAAAAGACAAUACUCAUGGUGUGAAUUAUAUAAAAUUUGCUACGGUAUUAUUGCAGGAGUUGUCUGUUCAGGUCGAUGAAGACUUCCUUUGGGCUAUAUUAGAUUUCUCUAAGAUCCCUGGAGCUGCAUGGAAUUCAGAUGUUAAAAAUGAGCUUUGGGACAAAAAUCUUCAAAUACCAGAACCCCCAACUAUCAGGUCUACAGAUGAUCUUUAUUUUGAGGCAUUACAUUUGCAACCCUUACAAUUUAAUAUUUCUUUUGUGCGUACUGAACGAGUCAAUGUGGAAGACACAAUGACAACACAAAAUGCUUUGUCCGUUGCUGCAGAUGUUCUUACUAUGGCGAUUGGAAAUAUUAACGAUGCCCCAGUGAGAUUAUCAGCAUUGUUAUUGGAAAAUAUCAGAACUCCUGUUCCUUACUUGAUUCAAAAUAUUUCCGAACAUUACAAGCAAGCAUUCCUUUAUCAACUUUACAAAGUGUUGGGCUCUGCUGAUCUUCUUGGUAAUCCAGUUGGUUUGUUCAACAAUAUUAGUUCAGGAGUAAUGGAUAUUUUCUAUGAACCCUAUCAAGGAUACAUAAUGACGGACAGACCUCAGGAGUUAGGUAUUGGAUUAGCCAAGGGUAGUUUAAGUUUCUUGAAGAAAUCUGUUUUCGGUGUCAGUGAUAGUGUCUCACGUUUCACUAACUCAAUGGCCAAAGGUUUGACCGCUGCGUCAAUGGAUAAAGAUUUCCAGGAAAAAAGGCGCAUGACAAGACAGGUCGGAAAACCCAAUCAUCCUGUUGACGGACUCUCAAUAGGUGCCACAUCAUUUAUAAAUGGAAUAUCCAGUGGAUUAUCUGGUCUGGCCACGGCACCCAUGGAAGGUGCAACUCGUGAGGGAGCAAGUGGGUUUUUCAAGGGUCUUGGCAAAGGUCUGUUGGGAUUGCCGACUAAAACUGCAACUGGAGUUUUAGAUUUGGCCAACAACAUCAGUGAAAGUAUCAAAAACACUACUACAGUUUUUGAUGGUGAGGGUAUUGAGAAAGUCCGGCUUCCACGUUUCAUACCAUUUGAUGGGGCAGUGGUUACUUUUUCGGAGAAAGAUGCACAAGGUCAAUACUGGCUCAAAACGUGUAGCGGCGGAAUUUAUUCAGAUGAUCAAUAUCUGGCCCAUGUUGUGUUACAAGGUGGAGAUCAUGCUUGUAUUAUCAGUUUUAACAGAAUACUAGUGAUGAAAGUUUUUGAUAUGACAGUGGAUUGGCAAAUCUCUCUAGAGAACAUUUUGAACAUUACAUUGGAGAAGACUGGUAUACGUAUCAAAACUAAGAAUGUUAGUGACCCGUCGAGGUUUAUACCACUACCAGACAGGGCUGAUAAGAGGUAUUUAUAUAGCCAAAUUGCUAUCGCUGUUAACGAAUACAACAAGCACUGCAUUGUUGCAUUAUGAGGUAAAGCUUCAAGGUUUCAGUGUUUCUUCGUAAUUGCUAUUGUUCUUCUGAAGUUGAUGGUUUUCGUUAAGCUUGUAAGAUUGAGCUCAUAUAUACAGAUAAAUAUUCAGGAAUAAAUUAUAUUUAUUAGGACUAGUCGGAGCUGGCGGUGAACUCAGUAUUCAGAGUUCCGAAUUUUUUCUUUAGUGAAUUAAAAAAUUUGGCACCAUUUUCAGUUCCAUAGCCUUCUGUUUUGACUUCACUAUAUGACACAAAGCCAUCAUAGACUUUCACUUCAAGCUGAUCAGUUUCUCCAACCCUGAAAGUGCCAUUAGGUAAAUUUUUGUCUGCUUCAGUAAGUGGUAUUAGUGAUGGAGAGCAUUUUGACAAGACAACUCUUUUCAAAGGGUUCAAAGUAGCUUUGCUCUUUUUCUUGGGCACAAAUUGUUUGAAAGUAUAUAAUGGUCCAAGUG